GACCAUAAGGAAAGAAGCUCUUGUUUCCUUAGCCAGUGAGCUAUAGCGCGUUUGAGGAUUUUGGAUACACAUAGAAACGGCAGAGCAGGUAGAGGUUGAGAGGGAUGGGACUUGGGAGCUUCUUCUUGUCUAUUCCCUCUCCUUUCUGAGUUCCGUGUCUGUAGAUUUGAUCGAAAAGCUUCUAAUAAAUCAUUGAAUUAAGGCCUCAUGAUCUUAUCAACUUUUAAAAUUAAAUUCUCCCUAUAAAUACUCGAUAUGGAAUUCUGGUCAGACACUUGUUGGAUCUUCUCUAAGUGAAUUCUGAUCUAUUCCUAAUCUUUAUUGGUGGUGGGUUUGGAUCAGCUUGAGAUUCAUUAGGGUUUCUUGAUCUCUGGUUUUAGCUAUGUCGAUGCUUGAUUCGUUCUUCAACAAAGGAUUCAAGGGAGCUAAAUGUAAAACCCUUCUGAAGCUCACAAUUCCGCGAAUAAAGUUGUUGCGAAAUAGGAGAGAGAUUCAGAUAAAGCAGAUGCGUAAGGAUAUCGCCAAGCUCCUUGAGAAUGGGCAGGAAGCCACGGCUCGUAUACGGGUGGAACACAUUAUUCGAGAAGAGAAUAUGAUGGCUGCACAGGAGAUUGUUGAGCUAUUUUGUGAACUUAUUGCCGUCCGGCUUCCCAUUAUUGAGACGCAGAGGGAGUGUCCUCUAGAUCUGAAAGAAGCAAUUUCCAGUGUCUGUUUUGCUGCACCAAGGUGUGCAGACUUGCCAGAAUUGCAGCAGGUUCAAAUGUUAUUUGCUUCCAAAUAUGGAAAGGAAUUUGUCGCAGCUGCAACAGAACUCAUGCCAGAGUGUGGUGUUAAUAGGCAGAUGAUUGAACUGUUGUCUAUUCGUGCCCCUGCUGCUGAAGUAAAACUGAAGUUGCUGAAGGAAAUCGCUGAGGAGCAUGAGAUAGAUUGGGAUCCAUCUGCUUCUGAAACUGAGUUCUUCAAGCAGCAUGAAGAUCUGCUGAACGGCCCAACCCAGUUUGUAAGUGGAUCUAAACUGCCUCUCCCCGAAGAGAAACAUGAUGAUUCACUGCACUCAGCCCCUGCUCAAGCAUGUGAUGAACAUUCUGAUCCUGAUACUGGUUUCGAUCCAUUGGAUCUUCCUGAAGUUCCUAAAGUAUCAUUACGACCAAGUGCAGAUGCUGUAGUAACCCCAGAAGUGGUUCCACCACCCUUUCCGUCCGCAACAGAUGCUGAGAUUGAUUUAAGACCAAGUGCAGAUGCUGGACUGAACCCAGAAGGGGUUCCAAUACCCUAUCCGUAUGCACCAGAUUUGGAUAUUGAUCAUGGAAUUAAGAGAUACUCUGGAGCCAAUGAAAAUCACUUGAAGGGAUCACAUUCAGAACCUGAUGAAGUUGCACAGGAACCUCUGGUUGCUUCCCCAUGUGAACCAGCUAAUCUUGUAUCUGGUGCAAGGGGAGACGAACAAUUCCUCCCAUUUAUUGUUCCUCCAUCAGUAUCUGCUGCCUCAUUUUCUGCAAGUGAGGACAAGCCAGUUCCCUUGUCAAGCACCAAAACUGAGGCCAAUGUUGACUUGCAAGAUGUCCUGGCUGCAGCACAGGCAGCUGCAGAAAGCGCUGAACGUGCAGCAUCAGCAGCUCGUUCAGCUGCAAGUCUAGCGCAGGUCAGAAUCACCGAACUAAUGAAAAAAAGCAAUGACCAGGAGCACAGUGAAGAAGUUAUCCAGACAGGCGACAUAGAUGAUACUGAUCGAUCUGCCAGCGUGACGGUGCCUCAGUUUGAAAAUCAGCAGUCUUUUGGUGAUACCAAUGGUUAUUCCCCAUAUCUACAGGAUCCACUUCCAGACCAUAGACCUGAAUGGGUAUCAGAGAUGGAAAAUCCCCCAUCAUAUGACACACCCAAAGGCGGAUCUGAACAAGCUCUUUCUAGUGGCCCAUCAUAUGACACACCCAUAGACAGAUCUGAACAACCUCUUUCUAGUGGCCAAGUUCGUGAACAUGGAACGACUCACCAGCCUCAGCGUUUACCUUCAAUGGAGGAUGAUCCAUACUUUUCUUACCCCAACUUAUUUAAUUCUCAGGAGUCGAACCAUGGAUCUGGUGGUUAUUCCGAGUCCAGACAUGAGAAUUGAGUAGGAGUGAAUUUACCUACUCCUUGGACAAUGUUUUUCAGCUCCUGCAGGUGAUUGAGUGUAUACUAUAAGUAACAUUGUUUAUCAUAUGUUCUGUAAUUAAUGCUGUUUCCAGACACUAUGCAAGUCUGGUCUUUUUUACUUCUCAUGGUGCCUUUGUGGGUAUAGAGUGUAGCAUUGAGAUCUGUAUGUGAAAUAAAAUUCCAGUUGAAACAA